AUGGCGGAGGCCGAGGAAUCCACAUGUGAAGAAUGGGAUGAGGAAGAGGAGCAAUUGGUUCUGGUGGAAUUGUCAGGGAUUAUUGAUUCAGACUUUCUCUCAAAAUGUGAAAAUAAAUGCAAGGUUUUGGGAAUCGACACUGAGAAGCCUGUUAUGCAAGUGGACAACUAUGUAUUUGCUGGGGAGUAUGAAGAUGCUCUUGGAACAUGUGUUAUAUUUGAAGAAGAUGUCGAAGAAUGUGCAGAUGCAGAAGGCAAUAAUAAAACAGUGCUAAAGUACAAAUGCCAUACAAUGAAGAAACUCAGCAUGACAAGAACUCUUCUGACAGAAAAGAAGAAAGGAGAAGAAAACAUAGGUGGUGUCGAAUGGCUGCAAAUCAAUGAUAAUGAUUACUCUAAUAGACCCAGCCUGAUUUGUAGUUUCCUACAAGAUGAUGAAGAAGUUAUAAUUCCAGCCCCAGAUAAACCUUUGGAUUUGAAGGAGCAUGAUAUUCAAAUGAAUGAUAAUUCAGAUCUCAGAUAUGAACAGGAGAAACAACUGAACUUGGAAAUAGAAGAUUCUGGUCCUAUUAUUGAAAUACCUUCUUUUGAUACAGAAGAUUUUGUUUUUAUGGAAACCCAAGAAGCUGCUUUAGAAGCCACUCCUAGAUGA